AUGAGCCAUUGUCACGAUGAGCACGAAUCGCAUGAACACGAUGAGCAUAAUCAUGAUGGUCCAGAUCGCGGAACUGAAACUUCCUUAUACUCCUGUAUAGACCGUGACAAUGUUCGUUGUUUAAAUGAAAGUGCACCAGAAAGUGACGUCGACGAACAGUUGAUUUUGUUCAUCCCUUUCACUGGUAGCGUUAAAUUAAAAUCAAUCUCAAUCAAAUCUGGUCCUGGAGAUAGCUGCCCUUCAAAAAUGAAAGCGUAUAUUAACCGUGAAGAUAUUGAUUUUGACACCGUUGAUUCCUAUACUGCAACCCAGGAAUGGGAAUUAAUUUCUAGCCCAGAUAAUAUUGAAUAUAUUACAAG